CAAGUGCUUCGUUAUAUGAACAGUGAAUCCGAGGACGGAAAGUUCACUUGGUGCGUUAUACGUCACUGGGCUAUCGUCUAAUCGUUCUUUCUCACAUAUCUCAUCAAAGAUUAUCAUUUUUCGAAGAAAUCAAAGUAAAAUCAAGAGGAAAGAUUCCAUUUUCAUUGAGUUUCGACGAUGAUUUUUCACCAUUGAUAAUACUAACAACAUCAAAUAUGCAUUGGAUGCUUUUUAAUUACGGUUUAUUUUGUCUUUUGAUUCCUCUAUUGACGAUAUUAAUAACUUUCUUUUCUAUUUAUCGUCUUAUCGUCGAAGCAGUAUUGAAGUAUCAAUUAAAAGACAGAUUCAUUGGUCUCUUGGAUGGCACCGAUUGCAUUUGGGCUAUAGAAGAACCUUCUGCCCUUUCUGUCAUAAACGUUCUAGUAGUUUUGGAGAAGGAUCAAUUUCAAGUUAAUUCGAACGUCUUAGAAAGCUUUAGACAUUUAAUUAAAGAUCGAUUAAUUGGUUCACCUUUCGAAAAAAUACUUUAUCGUAAAAACAAGAAGUAUGGUUAUUAUUUUUGGGAAAGAACCGAGGAGAUAGAUUUAAAGGAAAGAAUUAAAUGGCUCGAACACGAUCAAACACAUUGCGAUGGAUACUGCGAUGACAUUUACGGCAAAUCGUUGAAAAAAACAUUGGAAUGGAAGUGUAAUCAACCACUUCCUCAACAACAUUCGACAUGUUGGGAAAUAUUAAUCUCGAAGAAUUGUUCACGCGUAAAUAAUAAACACGUUCGCUGUAUGAAAGAAAGCCAUUUUAUUGUUGAUCGUGGAAGAAGAAAUAAAAUCAAGAUCCCAGUUUUAUUUCGUAUUCAUCAUGCCGUCGGAGAUGGGACUGCUCUAUUAAAAAUGUUCUUGGAAACUAUUGCUGAUAAAUCUAACGAAGUCUCGACUAUCUUGAAAGAAAAGUGUAUAUAUACAUUAGGGGGACGUGAAAGAAAAAAUUGUGAAAGAACGUCGUUGAACGUGCCUAUAUUUACUCACUAUGUUCAAGAUUUCAACGUCUGCUGCAAGCAGUCUUGUUAUUCGGAUAGCGUGCUUUCUGCCUGUAUGCCCUUUGCCAAUCCACAUAGUCUUAGAAUCUUAAAGACGAUCGUACAGAAUUAUUUAAACGCAAAGAUCAAAUACUUCGAACAUAUUACCUUUAAUGAAUUUAAAAAUGAAAUGCAGAUAUUGUUGUAUAAUUGGUGGAUCAUUUUGAAGGAGUUUAUGACGAAAGUAGUUUAUGAACAUGUUACAAAUUUUGCCAAAAUUCUAAUUGUUUUUAUUCUAAUGCCCUCGUAUUUAAUGGAACAAGCCAUUCGCAGUAUGGAUCAAAAUUCUCUUCACGGGUCUAAAUUAACGGGAAAGAAAAUAGUUACUUAUUGGUCGGAAGAUGAUUACAGAAAUUCCAAUCAACAAAAGCUUAUAACAAAGAUCAAAGAAAUAAAACAUAUUACUGGGGCAAGAUUUGUAGAAAUAUUUUUAGCAGCUUUGUCCUCCAGUGUGCAUAAAUAUUUUUUACGCAUCAACGAAGUUCCACCUAAUUCACUGACCGUUGUACUGCCAGCUAAAAUGGGAAAUCCAAAGGAACAAGUUCAAUUGUCCAAUGAUAUCUCGGUUGGCCUACUUCCUUUGUGCAUUUCCGAGAUAAAUGGCAAAGUAUAUUCGAAUUUAGACGAAGACUCGAGAACUAUCGAACGUCUACAAGAUAUAAUGAAAAAUAAUAACAAACUACAAACAGAUUUAGAUUAUACGAUUAAUUUUUGGACAAUGAAGUUUCUCUCAGCUGUAUUACCAGAAAUACUAUUGAAACCUUUGAUAGAGAGUCAUAGUACGAUGAUUUUUAGCAAUUUACCUGGGUGUCAAGAAGUACGAAUUCUGGGAUAUUCUGUGAAAAAUAUUAUUUUUUGGAUACCGAACAAAAGUAACACAGGCAUCGGAUUUUCUCUCUUCAGUUAUAACGAACAAGUGCAUUUGUCGAUAGUCGCUGACAAAGCUUUGGUAAAGAACGACAAAGUUUUUUCCAAAAUAUUAGAAAACACUGUUUAUGAAAUCGAACAACUUUAUGAGAGCUUAACAUCCACGCGUUUCUCAAAAAAGUUUCAAUUUAAUGAGACAGCACCCAUGGAUAAAGAAAUCGGCGUGCCAUGAUAUUCUUUUACAUUCUGUGAAUAAAAGCCCAUGAAUUUUUCAUAAAAUUUAUUUUCUCGUGCGUGUAUAUAAAUUUGAUACACUGAAAUGUUACUUUCUGAUUCGUUAUUUAAAAUUGAUAGAGAAAUUAUUAAAUAUAUAACAAACAAAUAUUAUCCAUAAAUAAGAGAAUAAUAGGAAAUAUAAUUAUAAGAAAUAUAUCAAAUAUUUGAGAUGAUAUAUACAUAUUUAUCUGCAUCAUCAAAACGUAAUGCUGCAUUUAUGCAACAAUAAAUUUGUCGAAAUCAUCGAUCCGACUUGAGGAAAAGAAAAGGCCAAAAAACGAUAUCGAAAAGAGCGUUGAAAAAGGAAAAUGUAUUUCCACGUUGAUUUUGAGCUCUCGACGAUGAUUUAGUUGCCAAGGAAGAUUUUGCUAAUGGUGAGACUGAAUUGGGAACAUUUCUACGAUUUUGUAUUCUUUUCUCACUGCUCUGGGAACUAUAAUCCGACGAUACGUCAAAAUCGUCGGAGCUUGUGUCUAUAUACUUGCGAUGUUUCAAAGAUCUAAAUUAAAUUCAAUCAAAUAAAAUCAAUUCAAUUAAAAAAUAAAA